UAGGUAUCCAGAUGAAACUUGAAUUUUUCCAGCGGAAAUUUUGGACUGCAAGCAGACAGUGUGCAUCUCUCGACGGCAGAUGUGCUAUAAGUUGUGAUGAUGAAACAAUCAACUGUUACCUAAUAGAUAACAAUGGAUUUAUUUUAGUGUCUGAAGACUAUCAACAGACUGGUUACUUUUUUGGGGAGGUUGAAGGGGCUGUGAUGAACAAGUUACUAACAAUGGGCUCUUUUAAGAGAAUUACACUUUAUGACUACCAGGCCAUGUGUAGGACAAACAAAGAGAGUAGCGACAGUGCCCAUAGCUUACUGGACCCUUAUAAUGCCUUCUUUGCUGCAGUAAAGUGGAUUAUGACUGAACUUGUUCUGUUCCUUGUGGAAUUUAAUCUAUGCAGUUGGUGGCACUCUGAUCUAACAGCUAAAGCUCAGAGGUUGAAACAAACCCUAGAGCCCUGUGAUACCGAAUAUCCAGCCUUUGUUUCCGAGCGCACCAUAAAGGAGACCACGGGGAAUAUUGCUUGCGAUGACUGUUUCAAGUCUUUUGUUAUCCAGCAGAUCCCAAGUAGCAACCUCUUCAUGGUGGUGGUAGAUAAUGAAUGCUUCUGUGAUUCUAUCCCACCAAUUACCAUGGCACCUAUAGAAAUAAGGUAUAAUGAAUCCCUCAAAUGUGAACGGUUAAAAUCUCAGAAGAUAAGAAGACGCCCAGAAUCUUGUCAUGGAUUUCACCCUGAAGAAAAUGCAAGAGAAUGUGGUGGUGUCUCAGGCCUUAGUGCUAAACCUUCUCUUGUUCUUCUUCCUCUGCUAUUGAAGAUUUUCUCCAGGUGACAUUGACUGAUGUGUUCAACUGGCAUGCUAAAACAUGGAUAAACUGUGAACUGAGAAAUGGUGCAACAAUAGAGGACAUGAAAUAUAGUCAGAGCAUCAGCAUUUCAUGAUUUUAAACUGUUGGUGAUAUAAAUUCUUAAAGAUAUGUUGAAGAAAGAUUUAUCUUUUUACUUUGCAAGUCAUGCAGAUGUGAAUUUGGCAUAUGGCAGUCAUGAUUCAUCAAAAAAGGACUUGGUAGAUAGAGGUGAUCAUUGCUUUGUCCCAUUGAAAACAAUUUAAACUGUGUACUUUUUUCAAUAAAGUAUAUUAAAAUCACAAUUUCAGAGUGUAUUUUAAGUAUGCUAAUAUAUUUGUUCAAAUAAUGAAUGAUGGGAAGAAAAUAAAAUAAAUGGAUGAUAUUUUAUUAUGCUUCUAGCCUCUUUCUGAAAAAACUCAGAGAAAAACAUGGGGACUUGGCUUUUACAAUGAGGCAGAAUAGCUUUCAGUCACAAGUUAAGGAAACACCUGUGUGUAUGAAGCUGAAUAGGUAUGUUGCUGAAUUAUAGAGCAGGCUUGGUUUCUGGAAAUAGCUAUAAAAUAUCUUACCUGCAUUUGCAAAGUGGGUCAAAGCCUUAUUAAAGCUUUGCUUCUAACUUAGGCAAGCUUUGGGUCAAAUUGAUUGAUUUGGCUGCAGAUGGCAAAAAUCAAAUUCUUUUCAAGUAAAGGAAUAGAAAGCUGUGUAGAAUAGCCCACAUCAAAGGAUGACAGUGCUCUGCUGGUGCUCUGCCCUCCAGAUCUCAUGUCAGACAGGAGAAGCUCAUUAUGAGGAAGGUGAUAAGCAGAGAAAGUCUGAAUUGCAACACAUUGGUGUCAGCAGAACCCAUUAUUGGUUUUCCUUGAGAGUCCCUGUUGGUAGGCAAAGGUCUAGACCAGAAUGGUUUUAUUCCAGGCCUUACAUUCUUCUUUGUAAGGGAAAUGAGGUAAUAAAGAUGAGCAUUUUCCUUUUGCAAUUGGCAGCAAAGUCCCUGCUGUGGAUGUGUUUGCUGAAGAUCUUGAUCUUUGAUCUAUGAUAGUCUCAGUUUGUCUUUGGAGUUUUAUACGAAGUGGAAUGCUAUCAAAGGGUAACCUGUCCUCCUGACAAUAUAAUACGUGAAAUGCAAAAUAAAAUGCCACUGUUUGAAAUCUGGUGCUUGGGGACUGCAGUUUUCUGGUUUCUGUGUAAGUUUGCUUUCAGCCUUGGAUAAAUGCUAAGCAGAUUUGCUGUGUAUCUUGGUUGGUAACAGGGAGCUAGGCCACUGAGAGGGGCUUUGUUUUAAAGAAUACUCUCCAGCUUGUAAGGGGAAGAACUAGUAAAAAAAAUUCCACUCCAAUGCUUUAAUGGGUUUAAAUGCACUGGUACUCCCUCUGAUUCUGAAACCAUACAGGUCUUUGUACUCAUAAAUUUCUUUUCCACAUGUUUUUGGUUGUUUUUUUUUGGAGUGUCUUCCUACAGACUUCUCUGUCCUUGCUCAUGGGUCUCAAAAUUUCUCACUAUGGAAUAAUUUUCCAUCUGACAUUCAGUCAAAUUGUUGUCCUAGUGACAUGCUCUGUUUACUAAGCAAAUUGGGAACUCAAGGCAUUUUCUCUGCUUGGGCUGACAUGGAUAUCCUGCUGUUCUUUGCUUGGUUUUUCUCUGAGCUCCAUUCCCCCUUACCAUCCAUCAUUCUCACAAAAAAUUAAUGUCAAUUCUAUAGAAAUAAACUAUUUUAGAUUCUGAUUCUCCUUCUGAGUUUCCAGAAUUCAUGGCACUGCAGCCUCAUAACACUUUUGUAUAUGCGAUUACAUUCUUCUGUAAUGAUAUUUAAUGGAUAUAGCCAACACAAUACAGGUGAUUAUCCAUGUUAGUAGAAAGUGGAAAAAAACAUCUUCCUUAUUAGAGCUAUUGAAAAGCUCUGCAUACAACUGUCUGAUGUGUUAAUCAUCAUUGCUUCAAAGAAAGGAAAUACAUUAAUGGAGAAAGUUUAUUUCUACAGAGCCUAGGUGAAAAUCCAUAAGAGUAAUUCAUUGUUCAUUUUGGAAAGGGGUGGGUGGUUUUUUAAUUGCAAAGGAGCCAGGGAGUGACAAGAGAGAUUAAAGUAUGACAGUCUAAAUUAAUAUUGAGAAAGAGAUUAAAAUAUGGGUAUGUAAAUGAAUGUUGCUCAGAGAAAUGUGACAAUUCAUUUUCAUACACGAACACAAAGUUAUGAAGGCAGAAUGCAUUGGUGUACCCAAACAAGUCACUGUGUGGAACAGAGCAAUCCAAACCAAUUGCUAAGUGUAAAAACAUUUUUAUGAGUUACCAUUUCUCUUAUUGAAGCCUUCUUUUUAAUUCUGUAUCUAUUCCUCAGAAGUUUCUGGUGCAGUGUGAAUCCAGGUUGACAAAGCCAGUCAGGAAAAAUGGACACAAGGCCAAGGGACUGCAGGGUGUGAGUGUGCAGCAGCCAGUCCCUUCCAGAGGGGAUGGCCACAACAGGAACAGCCUGGGCUGAACACAGAAAUGAUGGCCAUGAGUUUCAUGGGACAGAGCUCUCUGACAGGGGCUGGUUGAAACAGAUUUCCAGAGAAGCUGAUUUCAUGGUAAUGCUGUUCCUGACUGUGUUUGAGUUUGCUGGCCUCUGUGUCAUUAGCUCUGAUGGAGUGAAGAUGUCAUGCCAUGAAGUGGGUCUGUGCUGUCAUUCCAUAGCCUGUGGCAGGUCAUAGCAGGUUAUGGAAUUUAAUUCCAUUACCUCACUAAUCUGAGAUGUUAUUCCUCUGAAAUACUAAAUCAUUAUGCAAGGUCCAAUGCAAAGCCAAUUGCAAAACAAAUAUGUGUCCAUGUGUAUAUAUACAACAGCAUAUGUGUGAGCUACAUAUAUCUACAUAUAUUUUUAAUAAAUGGGAAAUUCAGA